AUGACUGUCACAAGAACUGUGUUUACCAGGGAUGUGUUUCUGAUCCUAUUCAUCUUCCUCCAAACCAGCAGAUCUGAAAGUAAUCUCGCUUUAUUCAAGAAUGCUUCGCAAAGUUCCGAUAGUGGCAAUACAUGGACAGCCAGUAAAGUUGUGGAUAACUGUUUGAAAACAAAUAUUGAAUCAAACUGCUGUACACAUACAAAACCUAGAGCUCACAAGGAAGUCUGGUGGCGUGUAGAUCUUGGAGAGUUAAUGACUGUAGAUAAAAUCAAAAUUUAUUACAGAGCCAAUUUUCAAAUCAGACUUGCGGGUUAUCAUCUUUACCUGUCUAAUACCACCGACACACCGACCCAAGGUGUCCUCUGUUACGAGGAUAAGAGUAUGAAAGAAACUGAAGUACAGUUGGUGGUAACACAUCAGUGCCCGUAUGUAGCCCAGUAUGUCACCGUCUACAACUAUCGAAACAACAGUAAGCGGCAAGAAUGGUAUUCUGAUUACGCUGUUCUUGAGUUAUGCGAGGUACAGGUGUUUGGCUGUCAGGUAGGGAGGUACGGUGAUGGAGACUGUGAGAAUCUAUGUCCAGAUAAUUGUUAUGGCGGCAACUGUAAUUCUACGACCGGAUCUUGUUUGUAUUGCUUUCCGGGGAAUUAUGGCAUUAACUGCAACAAUAUUUGUCCCGUGAACUGUGGAGACUCUAUUUGUGAGAAGGACACUGGGUUUUGUUUUCGAUGCGUUUCCAGAAAACAUGGUACCACAUGUGAAGAUGACUGUCCUGUGAAUUGUAAGGAUACCUGUGGACAGGAUACAGGGAAUUGUAAUGAAUGCGUUUCCAGAAAACAUGGUACUACAUGUGAAGAUGACUGCCCUGUGAAUUGUACGGAUACAUGUGAACAGGAUACGGGGAAUUGUAAUGAAUGCGUUUCCGGAAAACAUGGCACUAAAUGUGAAGAUGACUGUCCUGUGAAUUGUAAGGAUACCUGUGGACAGGAUAGGGGAAAUUGUAAUGAAUGCAUUUCUGGAAAACGUGGUACUACAUGUGAAGAUGACUGUCCUGUGAAUUGUCAAGAUACAUGUGAGCAGGAUACAGGCAAUUGUAGUGGCUGCAUAGGAGGAUUUUUCGGGACGUACUGUAUGGAAAAUUGUAGCAGCAAUUGUUCCGAAUGUGAACAGGAAAGCGGAGUAUGCACGAAAUGCAUGACGGGUUUGUACGGAAUGAAUUGUAACAUGUCAUGUGGUCACUGCAGCAUUUGUGAACAAAACUCUGGUGUGUGUGUGACUUGUGAUCCUGGAUACGAAGGAAUUUACUGUGAAACAAAGCAAGCCGAAGUGUCGGAUAAUCCUACGCCAUCGACUAACGCAGGGUCGAUAGCCGGGCCUAUAGCAGGGGUACUUGCUAUCCUUGUCAUCGCCGUAGUUAUAGCAAUAUAUAUCAGAAGACGUCGACAGAAUGCUGGUAAACAAGACACCUUUGAUGAUAUCGGACGUUCCAACAAGCUUCACAGGAAAGGCCAGAGCAAACCGUUAGAAACAGAAAAUUCUCGUAGCGAACCUGUGGUGCCCCCCGAGCAUAAUGUGUACAGCAACGUCCUCCUAGAUCCAGAUUAUCCAACCAAAGGUACCGGAAACGUGUAUGUGAAUGCGGAGCAGGUAGCCAGUGCCUCUCGCUCUGGCGAUAGCGUUUACUAUAAUUCCGGCCCUGUUGGAUUUCCCGUUUCCACGCUCAAAUCUUUAGUACACACAAAGAUGCAAAAUAAGGCUAAGGCGUUCGAGAAUGAGUUCAAGUCAAUACCAUAUGGAGCUUUACAUGAACAUAAGAUUGGAAUGCUUCCACAAAACAAAACCAAAAAUCGAUUUAAGACCACGUUUCCCUAUGAUCACUCUCGUGUUAUUCUUGACAAAGUUCGGAAUGAUCCGCACUCGGACUACAUCAAUGCUAACUACAUCGAUAGUGUUACAAAAACGGCAGCAUACAUCGCAACACAAGGUCCAAGGACUGGGACCGUCAAUGACUUCUGGCGUAUGAUUUGGCAACUGAAGUCGGACAAAAUUGUUAUGCUAACAAAUGUGGUGGAAGAAGGAAGGCCAAAGUGCGAUAAAUACUGGCCAGAUGAAGGAGAGCCAUUAGCAACUCCACAUUUCAACAUCAUCCUAGACAGGGAACGAACUUAUGCUUUUUAUGUCCUUCGGGAUCUUACAGUCACAGAAAAGAAGACAAAAUCUGAGCGACAAAUACACCAGUUCCAUUACACCACAUGGCCUGACCACGGGACUCCAGACUCAAACGAACUCGUCGUCUUCCACCGUCGCGUGAAGCACUAUCCAAGCGCCCUCCCAGGAAAGAUGGUUAUUCAUUGCAGUGCUGGUAUUGGUAGAACCGGAACAUUCAUAGCCCUCGAUGCUCUGCUGGACUACGGAAAGGAGUUCGAACAAGUUGACGUUUUACAAUACAUCAAAACUAUGCGAAAGGAUAGAAUGAACAUGGUUCAAACAAACGAGCAAUACAUAGCUAUACACCAGCUCCUUGCUGAAGCCUUCGACUUGCCGGACACGCUUAUUCCCAGAAUGACGUACAACACAACUCUUAACACUCUCUCCAAUGGCGGCCCAACCAACCAAACAAAGCUCAGAAAGGAGUAUCAGCAAAUACAACCCUUGAAACCACACUAUGGGGAAACUGAAUGCAAAGCUGCUUUACUACCGAACAACAAGAUGAAGAACAAAAUCUCAACUGUCCUAGCAGCGGACAAAUUUAGGGCGUACCUACGAUCACAAGCAAACGGCAGGACGGAUUAUAUCAAUGCUGUAGUGGUGCCAUCCUACACGUCACAGACUGGGUAUAUCGUCACUCAGACUCCUACGGAAGACACCGUGGUGGAUGUGUUGACAAUGAUAAUGGACCAUGACUGUACAACUAUUGUCAUCAUAGAUACUGACACAAUUGUCUGGCUUCCUGAACAGGGUAAGGACAAAUCCAUUGGGGAAUUUACGCUGGAACACAAAGGGAAUUCUUCAACAGUUACUGAUGUUGAUUUGAUUGAAAUUUCAAUUGAAAAUGAGAUGAAAGGAUUCCAUGUCAAAGUCCGAGUGUUUCAUCUAACUGGUUGGGAACAAGAGUCCUCAGUCCCUCAAGAUUCGUCAGCCCUACUUCAGCUACUUGAACUUGUGGACAGUAGACGUAAAUCGGACAACACGAAGACGACAGCUGUCAUGUGUCGUGACGGCUUUUCACAGAGCGGUUUGUUCUGUUGUAUCAGCAAUGCUAGAGAUCAAAUGAAAGGCGAUGACGAAGUAGACAUUUUUCAGAUAACUCGACAGCUGCAAGUGCGACGCCCGGAAUUUAUAGUCAAUUUUGACCAAUACCAGUUCUGCUACAAUAUGAUCAAGGAGUAUCUGGACACCACCGACGUUUACAUGAAUUGA